UAUUAUGAUUUAUUUCUUUCCUCUGAGUCAUCUUAACUUGGAUAUCUACGUAUAAUUAAGCAUUUUAAGAUAUAUUUCCAUUUAAUCUAUUUCAUUUCAGAUUUUUAUAUUAAUAGGUCAUUGUACCUAUUAUUUUUUUGUGUGCUAAAAGUUAAUAAAAAGCCGUCAAACUGGGGAACGAAAUGUCUUCAUCCGCAAUGGAAAAACAUCUGUUUAAUUUAAAAUUUGCUGUGAAAGAGUUAGAGAGAAAUUCAAAGAAGUGUGAAAAAGAAGAAAAGCUGGAAAAAGAGAAAGCAAAGAAAGCAAUACAGAAGGGUAACAUGGAGGGCGCUAGAAUACAUGCAGAAAAUGCAAUCAGACAGAAAAACCAAGCGUUGAAUUAUUUGAGAAUGUCAGCAAGGGUAGAUGCGGUAUCUAGCAGAGUUCAGACUGCACUCACAACUAGGAAGGUUACAAACUCCAUGGCAGGUGUAGUGAAAGCUAUGGAUGCAGCAAUGAAAUCAAUGAACUUGGAGAAGAUAUCCAACCUGAUGGACAAAUUUGAGAGCCAGUUUGAAGAUUUGGAUGUUCAGUCAUCUUACAUGGAGAAUGCAAUGUCACAAACAACCACAACCACAGUGCCCCAGGGUGAUGUAGACCAAUUAUUGCAGCAAGUAGCUGAUGAGGCUGGUCUGGAGCUGAAUAUGGAACUACCCUCAGGCGUCCCGAGCACCUCAAUCGGCACCGCCACUGUCGUGUCACAGGAACAAGACGAGUUGACGCAAAGACUUGCAAGAUUAAGACAAGCGGAAUAAUAUAUAAUUGUCUCAUUUGUACAGUAAUCACUAUUGGAUUUUAUGGUAAACUAAAGUUAUUGGUCAUUAUGUAUAGUUUUUAUAAUAUUUUCUACUGAAGUAAUACUAAUACUACUACUAAUAGUAGUUUACUACUAAUAAUAGUAGUUUUUAUAAUUAACUCAAUGAGGGUCUGUUGAAUUUAUAUAAUUAUCAGUAGAUAAAGCUGAUCUUGGAUCAGUGAAUUUAUUUUGUUGGAAUACGCAAAAUUAUCUCCAAUUUAUAAAUAAUUGUUAGUUUCUUUGUCAUUUACUGCUAUACAGUAUGUAUUGAAAGAAAUAGUUAUGCUAUAAAAAUGCUUUACGUACAAAGUCACAAAAUUCGGUAUGGUGUGAAAGAGAUUUUUUUUUACGCAACUUAGAAAAGCAAACAAGCUGACGGCACACCUGAUAGAGAGUGGUAACCGUCACCUAUAGACAUGAGCAGUACCAUAGAGUCUCGAAAGUUUUUAUUUUUGUUAUAUAUAUUUACCCAUUUACAAAAUAAAAAAAGAUAUAUUGUAUCGGAUUCAUAGACAAGAUUUGCAUACUUUGAUACUAGAUGGCGCUAUUUUGUAAUGAUAAUAUUAGAAACUCGCCUAUGUGAUUUUUUUGACAUUUAGCUCUAGUUUGCCGUAUCAUCCAGUACAGAGUUGUAUCUAUAUUUGUAUUAAAUUUAUUGAGUAAGUUUACGUUUACGAGUAUAAUAUAGAUAGUUUUUAUACAGUAAUAUCACAUUCAAUCCUGAAAUAUCUGUCCGUAAUAUUAAAUGGAAAAAUUACAGGUAGUUUUGAAUUAAAACUUCUGUAUUUAUUUUCAAUUUGAGGAUUAUUACAUUAUCAUAAAUAUAAGAUCGUAAUUAGAUCUAUGUUUUGCUAAUUAAUUUAUGCACUUUCAAUAUCAGUGAUGAUGUGUAAUAUAGUUUUUGUAUUUGUGAUAUACAUAAUGAUCAUAUAUAUGAUAUGAUACUAUCUUAAUGAUAGUGUAAUAACCCUUUUGACAAAAAGUUUCAUUUAACAAAAAAAAAAUAUAUUGGCAUAUUUAAGACUAAUUUCCAGGGGUAGGGGCUGUCCUCCUAUAAAAGGUACAUAUGUAAUCUCUGCAUGUUUGCAAAGUUUCUGGGUGGUACCAGAUGAUUUUGAGGAGAGCAUGGCCUCGACACCUCGUCCUCUUUUAAUAUGCCUAUGGAAAUCUGCUUCACAAUAUAAGUUUCAUUCAAAUUACAGCCACUGUAUUAGAUAGGUGCUAGAAAUUAAUCUUAUGAAUUUAAAAGUUGGUUUGUAUAAUUAUUUUAUUUUAGGAUCAAUUAUAUAGUAUGGAAACUUAAUUUGGUAUCACAAUUAUUAUAAAUAAAUGUUAUCAAUAAAUUUA